AGGAACGGAGAGAGUCUUAAUAUAAAAUUAAAUCUUGCAUCAUCCAAUAUCAUUUGUCGAAUAGUGUUUGGUACAAGGCUCGAAUACCAAGGAAGUAAAUUAAAGCAUAUGAUCGAAAUAUUUACAAAGAACUUCCAAGACAAUGCUCAUUCUCGGAUGCUAUCCACGGUUAGCUUGGCUCCCAUCUUACGUUUUAUUCCCCCGUUCAGCAAUGUCGUGAAAGUUACCUCUGAUGAAGCAGACUGCUUUAUAGCAUAUCUACGCGAAUUUGUAGAAGAGCACGAAUCGAACUUUGAUGAUUCCGACAUCCGGGACUUUAUUGAUGCUUUCCUGAAUGAAAUGAAGAAACGAGAAAAAGAUGAUGAUGUUUUUAAUAAAAUCCAGCUGGUCAGAUUCGUACGUGAUCUAUUCAAUGCGGGAUCAGUUACAACAAGCAGCACAUUGGCGUGGGCUUUCCUCGCUUUGGUCUGUUACCCAGAAUGCCAAGAAAGAAUUGUAGGGGAAGUUUUGACAACCUUUGGUGAAGAUGGAGUGCCGUCAAUGAAACAUCGAGAUGAAAUGCCUUACACUUGUGCCUUCAUACAAGAACUGACGAGAAAUAGAACUUUGGUUCCACUAAGUGCCUUUCAUAAAACGAACGAAGAUGCGACAGUGAAUGGAUACAAUAUUCCAAUAAAUACGACGAUCGUUCCGAACAUCUGGGCAGUUCAUUACGACCCCAAAUAUUUCAAAAAUCCGGGAGAAUUUCUACCUGAUAGAUUUCUGGGUCGUGACGGAAAAUUCAUCAGUUCUAAUCACGUGAUUCCAUUUUCGAUCGGUCCUCGACAUUGUCUGGGAGAACGACUUGCAAGAAUGAAGGUUCAAAGCAGAAAUGUACCGCCUAUGGACGUUGUUAAUAGACGCGUCAAUGAAGGACUUAUUGCAGACACAUAUAGUGAAGGGAAUAUUUUUGACAUCGAACCUUCUCUGAGCAUCCCAGAUGUCAAUGCCCGUGAAGGCGUACUGGGGCAACUCAAGGAAGGUGACUUGAUGCAAAAGGAUACAAGAAAUACUAUAGUGGAUGAUGAAGAUUACAAGGAUUACUUCUGGCCAAACAAGACAAUUCCAGUUGCUUUUACCAAUGCAACAACGCUGUUUGGCAAAGCAGCUAUAGAUGAAGCAAGACGGGAGUAUGAACUACGUACUUGUUUGUCUUUCCCUGCCAGAACUAACGAAGAAAAUUAUUUAAUAUUUGACCAAUCGUCGGGAUGCUGGUCCUAUGUCGGAAUGCAAGGAGGAGAGCAGACCGUUUCAAUAGGUAGAGGGUGCGAAGAUAUGUCCACAGUUGAGCACGAGUUAAUGCAUGCAAUUGGAGUUUGGCACGAGCAGUCAAGAGCUGAUAGAGACGAUUAUAUUGAAAUAAUGUGGGACGCUAUAUCACCAGAUAUGGCUUACAACUUCAAUAAUUACCCAUACAACGUGACCGAUAACCGGAGAGUUGCGUAUGAUUUUGAUUCUGUGAUGCAUUAUGGAAAAACGGCCUUCACGGAGGAUGGAAAUAUAACAAUCAGAACACGUGACCCAAAGUUCCAAGACGUGAUUGGUCAACGCAGUACGUUCAGCCCAGGUGAUGUGACAAAGAUCAAAAGAAUGUAUGAUUGCAGUGAUACCGUCAGAAUCAGUAAUACCGUAAAUUAUGAAGAAACGAAUGCUGGAGGGUAUUCAGAAGACAACAGUGACGUCAUGUGGUUACGUCAUAACAUAGAAACGUCAGACGCAUCUGGUCCCACAACCAAGUAUUUACCAAAAUUUGAUUCGACGUUUGGAACACAGGGAGAAGGUAGCUUCAUGUACCUUGAUACCUCGACCAAAUUCCCUGGACUUUCUGGAGGAAUGAAAUCGAUGCGUUAUACAACUACUGUAGAGAAGCAAUGUCUCGAAUUCUCACACUAUAUAAACCUAAAUGAAGGAAGCGGGGCCUCAAUGGCAGUUUAUCUCGCCACGCUUGACCCCGUAUCAGGGGAAAUCACUUCGUACGGUCAACCGUUAAAAAUGUUUGGUGGCAAAUCGAUUGGAGCUCAUGAUGUUGAAUGGAACGUGGAACGAAUGACAAUUUCAGCUCCAGAAUCGUUCAGAAUUGUCUUCUGGGGAAAGACAGGUGGAUUCUAUAAUGACAUCAUUGCCGUUGAUGACGUCAGUGUUUUGGACAAAGAAUGCGAUAUUUCAUUCUUCACCGUACCCCAGUAUUCCAUGAUGGCUGAUAUGUACGAGGUUAAUGAGUAUUCUACGAGUCCGAUAAUGUACACUGGAAACCCUGGAUAUGCUUUUCAAAUUAUGAUAUAUCCUAACGGCACACAAUCUGCAGUCGACGCUGGAAACCCGGGCUACUUUGGCAUUUUCUUUCGUCUAGUUGGUGGAAAAUAUGACGAUGAGUUAGAAUGGCCUUUCAACAAUCAGUUUGUUCGACUUGUCCUCACUGAUCAAGGCCCUAAACCAUUAUCUAGAAUGAACCAUUAUAGUAAUUUCCUCACCGACUCGGCUUCUCCUUUUUUCAGGGCUUACCAGAAACCAUCUGGAUUGGGGUCUUUCAAUGAUGCUGUCGGUUACCGAUACUUCAUAAGCAAAGAAGGUUUCCACAAUAGAAGGUACCUGAAGCAUGAUGUGGCAUAUUUCUCAGUACAAGUUACAGAUAUGCGUCCUUUUGAAAAUAGUGACGAAAUAUCGGCUCAACUGGCAAAUCCAGUAGUGAGAAAUCGAAGGAAUCUUCCAAAUUCAUUGCACUAUUCCAUGGAGUACGAAAUGGACGAGUUUCAGUCACCUCAUAGCCAUCACCAUAGCUACGACACUGAUGACGCAGGUGAUAAUGAAAUGAUCUCAGUCAAAACAGCUUCGAUCAUUAUCAUUGCUACAUCAGGAGCAGUAUUCUUGUUCAUGGCAGUUCUAAUUUGCCUCGUUGCUUCAUCUUACAAAAGGAAAAUAAAGCAAGCGCCAGUUAUCAUGAAUAACGUAAGGUACGGUCCUGGGCUUGCUAAAGACACAUCUGUAAAGUACGCUGAUCGCCCACCUAUCAUGUAAAUCGACGAUCUAUAUAUUCAUAUCAUUCAUACCGUGUUAUAUCAAUCUGUGUAUUUUCAAAUUUGAUAAAAUAUAAUGGAGAUGGGUGAGGUGUUGGUUUCCGUUGUUUUACUUUUGCUGGACUACCUCAAACACAUCAUUAAAAAAACAUAUUUACCUUGAUGCUGGAGCUAACUAAAUGUUUUCACCACGGCUGACCACGCCUUCUCAUUAAAAGCAAUAAAUUUGUAAAGCCGAUUCAUCUAUGCAAAAGUUUUCAAAUCAAUUACGACAUUUUUAAUAUUUGAAAUUAUAUUACCUUUUUAAUUUACAUCUAUCUAU